AUACCAGCUGGUUUGACAAUUAUUUUACUUCAAAAUCGCAUUGGCCGUAAGGGUAUGGCCUGCGGCUCGCUCUUCUUUGGCGGUUUGGUCACCGCUGCCACUGGCAUACUGGUUGCGCUGCUCGACUUGAAGGAGCACGCCAUCUUUGUGGCCUGCAUGAUUGGCUUGGGACGCUAUGUGGCCAUUGUCUCCUAUGAAGCGGAGGCGCAAUAUGCCGCUGAAAUUAUACCGACAAGCGUGCGUGGGCGUGGCGUGGCCAAUAUACAUGUGGUCGGCUAUGCAUUCAGCUUCUUGAGCGCAUAUUUGAUUUACUUGAGUAAUGUGUUCAAGCCAUUGCCUUCGAUUGUCAUAGCAGUGCUGAUGUUAAUUGGCGCGGCAUUGUGCUUCCUCUUGCCGGAGACGCUAAAUCAAAAAUUACCAGAGACGCUGCUGGAUGGUGAGCACUUCUGUCGAGAUGAAAAAUGGUAUUAUUUCCCUUGCUUCAGUCGGAAGAAGAGCAACGAUGUGGAAGUGACAAAACU